AUGCCCGCGCAGUGCGCCAUGUGCGAGGCGAUGCUCCCUGGGAACUCGAAGCGCUGUUCAGGCUGUCAAGAGGUGUCGUACUGCAACGAGCGUUGCCAGAACGAACACUGGGUCCUCCACAUCUUCGACUGCCAGACGAACAAACCCAUCGGCACCGUCUACUACCUCGCCCGCGCGUGCCGCCUCCAACACCCUCCCGUUCACGCUCCUACUAGGCUGGAAUAUGGAUUCGAGAAGAUCGUUUGGCUCGUCGGUCCCGACAAAGAGCACGACCUCCUUCGCAUGUACGAGCGGCUGCUGCGCCAAGUAUCUCCCAAAGACUUGCGCCAGUGGCAGCGACAAGGCCACCUCGUCCGCGGCAUCCAGUCCGCAUUCGACGCCCUCCCACCGCACGAACGCGGCCCGACAUUCUCCUGGUUCCUCGAACACCAGCACAUCCUCGACAAGCCCGCCGACUUCGACUUCGACCGCAUGUCGGCGCUCGCGGAAAAGGACGCCGCCGCGCUCGUCCGCGCGGGGUGGCUCCGCAUGGGCGGCGCCCCCUCCGCCACCCCGCUCGACAUCGCCGCCGCCCUCGGCCGCAUGCCCGGCCCCGAGCGGUUCCGCGCCGGGUUCUACUGCACCGCGCUCGCCGGCUGGCUGCCCCUCCCCAGCCAGCAGGCGUGGGUCCGCUUCGGGUUCGUCGCGCAGCCCUCGCAGGCCGCGCAGGCCGCGCUCGCGCGGGCGUACGCCGCGCUCGCCGCCGCGUGCCCGUUCCUCGAGUUCUCCGCCGCGCACGCGUCCGGCGCCGUCCCCGCCCUCUUCGCCCGCCACGCCGUCGCCGUCCCGCACCCGCGGCUCUUCGCGGACGUCAUGUCCACCCCGCCCGCGCAUCCGGCCCCCAAGUCCGUCUGGUUCCUCAAGCAGCACGUCGACAUCGUCGCCUCGACGCCUCCCGACGACCUCGCCAGGAACGGGUCGAGCCGAGGGUACCACGUGGAGGCGUUCCGGAUCGACUACGGAUACGUCCGCUGCCGCAGCGCGGGGGACGGGGAGCCCCUCGACGCGCUCUACGCCCGCCUGUUCGCGAAGAUGGAGCAAGGGGUGGACCCGCUGGAGCUCCACGAGGCGUGCGCGGCUGGCCGGCUGGCCGAGUAUGCUGGGCGGUUCGUCAAGCUGGACGCACACGCGGAAGAGUACGCGCGGCUGUUGAGCACGGGGCGCGGGGUCAUGGCUGAGAGCGGUGCUGUGUACGACGUGGAGAGCGUGUUUGGUGUGCGAAGUCACUCCCGGUUGUUUGCUGCUGCAUAG